AUGUUUAUUGGUUCUUUCCUAGCGGGAAGUAUUCCAUUAGCAUUUCACCUCUCCGAAGAUAGGUUGCGAACGAUAUCAGCAUUUGGAGUUGGCCUUUUAGUUGGAACAUCAUUAAUUGUAAUUAUUCCCGAGGGAAUUGAAACUCUAUAUAGCGUGUCUGGUUCAAUCAAUCUUAAUUCGUCACCAAUAACACCAACAAUAAAAGAUAAUAUCCUUGAACAACGUAAUAUGUGGAAUAAUGUAGAAUUGCAAAGAAAAGGUCCCAAUAAUUAUGAUGAUAAUCUUGAAAAUUUUCUUCAAAAACGAACGUUGAAAGUUGAAGACAGACCCAACGAUUAUAAUAAACGUCAAGAAAUGGAUCCACUACCGAAUUCACCUGACCAACCACCUAAUGAUGAUCCUCCUACAAAAUCUCCAGAGAAUCAACCAGACGAACAUGAUCAUGGAAAAGAAAAUGCAAAUCAUCAUUAUAUUGGAUUUGCGUUAGUAUCUGGUUUUGCAAUGAUGUUUGUGAUUGAUCAAAUAGAUUCAUCUCAUGGUCAUACUCAUACACGUGGAAACGUUGUGAGUCUAACAGAACUUCGUUCUUUGGCUAAUUCUAGUGAUCGUGAUGUUGAGGAUCAUGAAAUGUUGGGUGGUUCUUCUUCAAUACAUAAGAAACCAGCAUCAGCCACGAUUGGACUUGUAAUACAUGCAGCAGCGGAUGGAAUUGCUCUUGGUGCUUCCGCAAGUCAACCGGCACUUGAAAUCAUAGUUUUUUUAGCUAUCAUGUUACAUAAAGCUCCAGCUGCUUUCGGACUUUCAACAAUAUUACUUCGUGAAUCAUAUACUCGUCGUCAAAUUCGUAAACAUUUGCUCACUUUCUCAUUAGCUGCACCUUUAGCCGCAGUAUUUACUUAUUCUUUACUUCAAAGAAGUGGUGAAAUGAAUCCAAAUAUAAUGAAAUGGUGGACCGCAAUGUUGUUACUCUUUUCUGGGGGAACUUUUUUGUAUGUUGCAAUGCAUGUCAUGCAAGAUGUUACCAAUGGAAACGGUAAAGACAAUGGCUUUAAUGGUCACCAUCUUAAGAUAAAAAAAUCUCACGUUGCAUUCAUGCUUUUGGGAAUGUUCUUGCCAUUGCUUUUGCAAUUUGAACAUGGACAUGGUCAUUGA